AAUAACAACAAUAAAAUAAAUUAAUAAUAAACAAUUGCAAUUUGCAAUUGCAAGUAAAUCAAAGUAAACCCACCCACUAUUAUAGACAUGUAUUUUGCAUAAUUUAUAUUUACUGCAUUAUUUUUAUUUAUUACUAUUAAUGUUUUUGUGAGCUUGAAAGAGAGAGAGAGAGAGUGAAAGAGCGAAAAAAAAAAAAAAGAAUAUUUUGACAGUUCAAUAAAGGAUAUAUAUAUACUAUUUAUUUAUUUAUUUUGAAAUAAAGUUAUUAAAUAAUAAAAAAAAUUAAAAAUGCAAGAAGAUAUAUUUCCAGCAGCUGAAAAAAUUCUCACUGACAUUGAAAAUAUUUUACGAAAAGAUAUAAAUCUGAAGAGCUUUGAGAUAAUACCAGUGUCUGACAAUGGUAAUAAAUCACCAGUGUACCAUGUUGAAAAUUCAUUGGGUCUAGCUUCUUGGUGUAUCCAACCUCUGUACAUUUAUACCUACAAAAAAAUAUUUAAUUUACGUGAAAAAAAAUUGGUACGUCGUGAAGAUCCAAUAAAUUUAUCACGUUGGUUAAUGGGUGCACUUCUUUUAAAUCCAGAUGUAUCAACACUUUGGAAUAUGCGACGUGAACUUGUAUGUUCUGAUCGUCUUGACAUCAUUCAAGAAUUACGUUUCAUUAAAAUAGUAUUAUACAACAAGGCAAAAUGUUUUGAGGCAUUUUCAUAUCGUCGUUGGUUAAUACAAUUUAUAUUAAUUGAUAAAAAAAUACCACAAAAACCACAACUUGAUCCUCAAACAUUGCUAAGUGAUGAAUUAAUUGUUGCUGGUAUGUCUGCUGAUAGAUAUGCCAAUAAUUAUCAUGCAUGGAAUUAUCGUCAAUUUAUCAUAGAAACAUAUGAAUUAUUAUCACCAUCAACAUUUGGAUCAUUGCUAUUAAAUGAAUGGGAUAAUUCAGGUGUUUGGUGUCGUAGAAAUGUCAGUGAUCACAGUGGUUUUUCAUACAGAGAAUAUUUACUCAAAAAAAUAUUAACAAUUGAAAGCACAACAGAUGAAACAAGAUCAUCAUUUACAACUGAAAAUUUAAAAGCAAGACGUGAAAUAAUAUUUAAAUACAUUCAAGUUACUGAAACAGAAUGUAAUAGUAAUAUUUUAAACAAUGGUUUAUCAUCAAAAAUAUUAAAUAUUCUUCAUAAUCAUGAUAACAAUAUAACAAAUGAAAAUAUUAAUUAUGAAAGAGUGCUAAUAAGUUUGUCAUAUUGGAUUGAAGAUUGUCAAUUUAAUGAAGAUUUAAUGUGUGUAUAUAGUGGACAUGAAACAAUUUGGUACCAUCGUAGAUAUCUUGCUUAUGCAUUGAUAAUAUUAGAUGAUUCUUAUAAUAAAUAUUUAUGUUAUAAAAAAGAAGAUUUUAAAACGAGGCAUUUAGUUAAAAAUACUCAUGUAGAUAAUAAUAAAAAAGCUUAUAAUGAUACUGUAUUAAAAUUUACAUUUGCUAAAAGAAAUAGAAGUAUUGUUGAUACAACAAGAAAAAUUGGUGGACAUCAAGUCUCAAUUGCAGAAAAAUUUAUCAAGUACCUUGUUGAACUUGGUCUUGAUAGUAAAUAUUGAAAGAAAAGAAUAUAAUGUAUUUUUUUUCAAUAAAUUUAUAUUCCAUAAUAUUGUUUAUUAUAUUUUUCAUUUAGUAAAUUUGAUCAGUUAUUUAAUGAGAGUAUUUUUUAUGAUGGUGAUGAUGAGGGACGACAGGACAUGGCCUUGAAUUAUCAAAUGAUUUUUAUGACUUUCACUGUCAACGACCAUCUUCAAUAAUAAUAAUUUCAUCAAAGUAAAAAUUUAUUUAUCAAUUGGUUUUUUUCGAGCAGUUGUUUAACGACACUGUGUAUUUGGUAUUAUUUUAAAAUAAUUUUUAAAAAAGAAGCCAUCCAACAGGAUAAACAGGCUUGAGGGAGAAGAUGUAAUGAAAAAAGAAAACAAAAAAUUAAAACAAGUGGUGGAAAGAUCAGUGGCCACUGCACAGAUGGUCAUCUUGCACAUCACUUGCUUAUCGUAUUUCUUUUGGUGAUGUGUUUUGGAAAUAGAAUUUCGAAAAAAAAAGAAACUAACAAAUAGCCAAAUAAAAUUAUUACAUAACUGACUUUAUUAAUUAACUAAAAAAAAAUUCAACAAGUUUAGUGAUA